CAUUAAUAAGAUUUUAUACGUUAUCUUCAACCACUGGCACUUCCCAGUCUGACACUCACUCCAACCCAAAAUGGCCCAAAGCCCAGCAGCGGUCGAGCCCACUGAAGCCCGGCCCCUCGGCGGCACCGAGUACAGCUGGUGCAAGGCCGUGCCCGUGGGCACCGGCAUCACCGUCCUCGGCCUCCUCCUCUCCAAACAGCCCCAAAUCCCUCUCAUCCAAAACGCCCUCCACAAACUCCAAAAUUCCCACCCUCUCCUCCGCGCCAAGCUCCACUACGACCCCUCCAACAACACCUUCCACUUCCGAACCCCUCCCAGGCCCACCGUCCAGAUCCACCCCUUCGAUCUCCCCUCCACGGCCCAAAUCCUCCAGGCCCAAUCCAAUGACGAACCAUUCCUCGCGCUCCUGCACCACGAGAUGACCUGCCACACGUGGCGCCAUUUAUCCGACGCCGACGUCCUCCACGCCGCCGCCUAUACCAUUUCUUUCGAUCGCUUCGCCGUCAUCUUGCGCCUCCACACGGCGGCCUGCGACCGCGCCGCCGCCGUUGCCGUGCUGAGGGAGCUCCUGCGGCUGGCGGGAGGCGGCGCCGGUGAUGAGGCGGCGGAGGAGAAGGUGGGUGCGGCGAUCGAGGAUCUGAUCCCCGAAGGGAAGAUGAACAAGCCGUUCUGGGCGCGUGGGAUGGACGUGCUUGGGUACUCGCUCAACGCGCUGCGGUUUUCCAAUUUGAGUUUCGUAGAUGCGGAUUCGCCUCGGAGUUCGAGGAUAGUGAGGUUGAAAAUGAAUGUGGAUGAAACCAAGAACUUACUAGCCGGAUGCAAAUCAAGAGGGAUUAAACUUUGUGCAGCACUUGCAGCAGCUGGAAUGAUUGCUUCAUGGACCUCUAAAUCCCUUCCAGAUUAUCAAAGAGAAAAGUAUGCUGUAGUAACACUUGUUGAUUGCCGCUCACUUCUUGAUCCAGUCCUUCCCAGCAACCAUGCUGGAUUUUACCAUUCUGCCAUCCUGAACACACAUGACGUGUGUGGAGAAAACUUAUGGGAGUUGGCAAAUAGAAGCUACACAGCCUUUGAAAAUGCUAUGAAGUGCAACAAGCAUUUCACAGACAUGUCUGACCUGAACUACCUAAUGUGCAAGGCUAUUGAGAAUCCCGGUUUGACACCAUCAUCAUCACUCAGAACUGCAUUGAUCUCUGUGUUUGAAGAUCCUGUCUUUGAUGACUCGGCUGAAAUGCAUGAAGAGAUUGGAUUGGAAGACUAUAUGGGUUGUGCUUCUGCUCAUGGUGUUGGCCCAUCCAUAGCCAUAUUUGACACCAUAAGAAAUGGAAAGUUGGAUUGUGCUUGUAUAUAUCCAUCACCCCUUCAUUCAAGAGAGCAGAUGGAAGGACUAGUCGAUCAUAUGAAGAGAAUACUUGUGGAGGGUUGUAACAUUGAAAACCAACAAAUUGAACCAUAAUUCAAUUCUGAAGCUGAGCAAAUGGUCAUAAUUUCAUGAUCAAAUUCAUAAACUUCGUUGCCCUUUCAAUUUCAGUUUGUGACUCUCCUUGGUAUAUUAAAUGAUAGUAGAAAUAUAGUGCAAUUUGCAAUGAAGGAUUCAAAGCAUUUGCAAAAGUUGCUUUUACAUCAGUAUAAUACCCUUUAAAGAAAAUGCAGAGAUUCAUUUUCUACUGCCAGAUGGCCUCAAGAAAUGCAAGGUUUAUUGGUUAUUCCAGUUUUUAACUUCGACAGUAUUAAGUUAGAAUGAUGCUACUCACACGCAUUUAUACACAUAGUAUUAAGUAAGAAUGAUGCUACUCACGCAUUUAUACACAUAUAACCUAUAUAAUUUUUAUCAUUUUAUUACA